UAUACGCUCGCAACUGUAGAGGUCUCCCUUUUUCAGCGGGCUGCGCGCACACCUAUUGUACCCGCUUUUUAUCCUGUGUAAAGAGGAGAGAGUGAGGGGGCAUACUUACGGAUCCUGCAAGAACGCAGACAUGUAUCCUCAGUGAAGUGUAGCGCAGGGGAAGAACUCUAAGAUACCGGGUGUUCUGUGAGAAACAUUGAAAAGGUGCCGCUCUAUUUCUGAAUGAGCACAAGGAUAUGUGUGAUGUGCGGUGUAGCCUACCUAUAGACCAACAUCAUUCGCACUAUUCCAAUUUCAUUCAGAUUUGAGGGCACAGGUAUAUGACUUAAACUCAUUUUAGUGAAGAUAGAAGACAUCCUGUUCUGCUCGUUUGUGUGGAAUUUUCGCUCCAGCUGAGAGUCGUGAUGUCUGGCUCAUUUCACACAUUGUUCCUGGUUCUGCUGGGUGUGUUGACGGCGUGCGCCCAGACGGAGAUGAAGAGGGUUGUCGGUGACAAUGCCACACUGCCCUGUCACCACCAGUUCUGGCCCGGCGACGCCCCCACACUGGACAUCGAGUGGCUCCUCCUCAAGCCCAGAUCCAAGCAGAGAGUGGUGAUCACCUACUUUGCGGGCCGGGUGUACGACCCCAACGAGGCGGAGGCGGGCCGGCUGUCCUUAGCCGGGGACUACCUCAAGGGGGACGCCUCCCUGCUGAUCAGUGACCUCACACUGGGCGACUCAGGCGACUACAGCUGCAAGGUGAAGAACGGGGGGAAGUACCAAUGGACCACGGUCAACCUCAUAGUACUGGUAAAGCCGUCUAAGCCGCGGUGUUGGAUGGAGGGCAGGCUGUUGGAGGGUAGUGACGUUAAGAUGAGCUGUAAGUCUACAGAUGGCUCUGACCCCAUAAACUACAAAUGGGAGAGGCUGUUGGACAAGGGCAAGUACGUGGGGAAGCUGCCCCCACUGGCCCUCAUAGAUUUGAAGAACUCCGAGAUAGUGACACUGAGGAACCUGACCAAGGACAGUGCUGGGGUGUAUAAAUGUACCGCCAGCAACGAUGUGGGAGAGGAGAGCUGCACCGUAGAGGUCAAAGUGCACUAUGUGCGGGGCAUGGGUGUGGUGGCGGGCGCCGUGGUGGGCGUGUCCUUCGGCGUCCUCCUCAUCAUUCUCAUCAUUUGGCUGGUGUUCCGCAAGAAGGAGAAGAAGAAAUACGAGGAGGAGGAGACCCCUAACGAGAUCAGGGAGGACGCGGAGGCUCCCAAGGCCAAACUGGUGAAGCCCAAUUCUCUCUCCUCGUCCCGCUCUGGAAGCUCCCGCUCAGGCACCUCCUCCACCCAGUCCAUGGUCCACACCACUGCCCCCCGGGGGCCCCGCGCCCGCCUGCCUGACGUGGCCGCCCUCAAUGAAAACGGCCAGCCCACCAGCUUCCCCCAACAGCCCCCUGCCUACACACAGGUGGUCCCCAAGACCCCUGAGCCCCGCACAGCCCCGGCCAAGCCCAGCCCUCCCCCCAAACUGAGCCCCGGGAACCUGGCCCGCAUGGGGGCAACGCCAGUCAUGAUCCCUGCCCAGACCAAGGCAUUCCAGACUGUUUAGGAGGGAGGGAGGGAGGGGAGGGAGUAGUGGAGGGAGUAGACGCAGACAGACACAAGAAGCCACAGUACACAGCUGAUAGCAACCCCCAGCCUGCCCCCAGAAACCCUGUGAAAACCAGCCAUACCAUCGCCAACUAAAAGUAUAAUUGAGUGCACUCUUACGAAGGGAAGAUUUUCAUAAGAGGUUUUGUACCCUCUCCUGUACAAACAAUACAGAGCGAAAUCUCUUGUUCGCAUGAUAUCCCUUGACAACAGAACUUUCAUUGUGUUUUUGCCUGAUUUUGCUGACGAGGUCAGUGAUGUGUAUCAUCCUCUGAGGUGGAAGAAGGGGAGGACCCUGAGUAGAGUUGAGGUAUUUUAAAAACCGAAGUGACAGAGCCAUGAAAGAGGAACGGGCUAUGGACGAAGGGAGGGAGGGAGUGAGAGCAAACAGAGGGCUGGAAAAUAACAAACAAAGGAGAUACACAGGCAUAGCUCUCCAGAGAUCAGGCCAGGGUGUCUGGCUGUCUCACGACACCUGAUACCUGCUACCAACCAGCUCAAACCAGAUGGCAGACAAAAAAUAAUAAGACAGGAAAAGUAAACCGCUCUCCAAACGCCUGCAUUCCCAGGCUUGCCUGAGCACCACACUCACACACUCCGCCACACAGAGCCAAUCAACAUCUCGCAGGCUGCUUUGCUGGCAUCACACACCUCCAUGUAUUCUCCUCCGGGAUUCCCGCCAAGGCCAGCAGGCAUGGUGAUUGGUUUAGUAAGGAGGGGGGGGGGGCACCGAUUGAUCUGUCGAUCGAUCGACACGAAUGAGAGUGGAUGAAAGUUUGCUGCUCAUGCAAGAGGGAUGUUUGUCUGUGAUUGUACAAAAAUGGUCUAGCUUAAGUAAUAGACACCACUUAGACACGUCACUUGUCACCCUAUCCACCUGCACAUGGGUCACUCGCAGCAACAUGGACAUAUCGAUAUUGAUUUCCCUUGCUUCCAUGUUUCCUGUGCAUCCAGCACUAUACACUCAACAAGUCUGGACAUAUGUAACGUUAUCUUCCCAUGUUCAUGGUCUGCGUCAAUUAAGCCCAUAGGAAGAUAUGACUUUGUGGUCAUCAUAGGGGAUUAUUAAUGGCUGUGAUAUGUAUUGCUGUCUAAUAUUUUACGUUUGCUUUUUUUCUAUUUAAUUUAUUUCAGAUUCCUUCAGAAUGUUUAAGGAUUGUUAUUAAAGGGGUGAACAUAAGCCCUAUCGAUAAAGUGCCACUGUUGAUGUUUGUUGAAGAUUGUUAAUGGCAUUUCUGUUUUUGUUUGUGUUGUGUUAAUAGCAUUUCCAUUAAUCCAAAUUAAUGAACUAACUUAUGAAUGUGUUGCUAUACCGUGCAGUAUAUAAAGGGCUGGAUUCAAUCCCUAUCGCAGAAGUAACGCGGAAGAUCCGCGUUAUAGCUUGAUUUCAAUUUAAAGGCAAUGUUCCCGUGUUCGCGGGAGUGAUUUAGCUUUGAGUGAUUUUGUUUAACCAUGUAGUCAUACUAGUUUCAGUCCAACUCAAAUCAUUCCAUCAAAGUCUCUUCAUGGUGGCCAAACAGAAUUUAAACAACACUCAAACUCAGUCAAAUAUCCUGCCUGAAAGUGUUGGAUUAUGCCCUACCUUUCUCUCUGACUUAAAUGUCAACUUUUGCCUGAGCUCUCAUCUGAUCCAAAGGCGUGACUUCUGCCUAGCGAUAGUCUUCUCUGGCUCUACGCAGUAGCACAUUGGUCAUUCAGUGUUAUGACAGCUUCCUCCCAAAGAGACACCCCUGUUAUUUUGGCUCACUCACAAUGUAAUGGAUGAGAUGUCAGGAGGUAUUUGGAGUGACUGAUGCUGUGUUGCCCUCCAGGAGAACCCAGCACACUCAUCUUAGAUCACCCAGGAGGGAGUGCUCUUCUCGUCCAGCGGUGCAGAUAGCAUAAGAGCGCACUCGCACUCUGGCCUCCGAAAUGGUUCAAACCAGGACGGGGGAGUCUAUACUUCUUGAAAAAGGUUCAUUAACCUAUAUUUUCAUUCAUGCCUGGUUGAAAUCACCCAGAUUAAUUUGUAUCAAUAAUUGUAGUUUUUUAAAGUCACGCCAGUUGUGACGAUGAGAUUAUCUCAUGAAUCGUGGGCAGUUCAAAGAGCGAAAAGAAAGCAGCAAUUUUGUCUCGGUGACUCUCUUGAGUACUUCUAGCUUGCCCACUGCUGGUUGAAAAGCUCCUUUAAACCAGGAGACGGAUGAGUGGCGAGAUAAGAGGACGACACCUGAGGGAGAGCGCCUGAUUACCCACCACAACCCCCUUUGAAUUUCCCAUUAUACCCCUGAAAGCCAAUACAGGGAGGCCGAUGAUUGAAUGUGGCUCUUACGGCCGUUUGAUGGGGUAGGAUACGCACCGGUAUUGAUUUUCCAGUUAUCUGAGUAGCUCUGUGAAUUCCCCUGGUGGAGCGCUCAGUGUCCUGAAUCAUUAGGGUUUCCACAAUUUUUGGAAUGUCUUGCUUGGCAGACAGGAGGAAUGGGAAUGCUCCAAACCAUGCUGGGGAUUGGAAUAACGUGAACCACAGGCGUUACGUUGCCCUUUCACCAUGUAUCGACUCCAAAAGGACAUUACCAUAGGUUAGCUAGUACAAAACUUGCAUCUUGAUGUCAUUCAAUAGUCUGUCUACUCUAAAGAUCUCCACUAUGGUUUGAGUGAUGGGACCUUUGAUAUUAUACAUACAGUGUAAUGUUCAAGGGAGAAACAAUCCACCCAAAGCUGAAAAAUGAUGGAUAUGCAUGUCACAGAUACUUAACAAGAGAAAGAACAAAACAGUAUUUUUGCCUCAAUGCUUAUAUAAAUAUAUAAAUGAUAAUCUUGUACAGAAAAAUGUUACAGUUAAAACAAAUGCUAUGACUGUAAAAAAGGAACGUUUUAUAUAUUGUUUUGUUCUUUUUGAGUUUACUCCUUUGGGUUAAGUAUUCAAUCAUAAGUACCUUGCACUUUCUUAUACUGUGCUUUCUGUGUCCCGCUUGCGUUAAGACCUUUUCACACCAACACCGUUACAGGGGAAAAAAAUUUUCUCUCACUCGAUUUUCUUUGAUUGAGAACAUCAUGCAGUUACUUUGAGUUGUUGUAAACCAAAAAGGCAAUGUACAUACCUCCUUCUCGAGUGAAAAAUGUAUAUUUGUACAAUAUCUGAAUAAGUACUGUUUUGGUUUGUAAUAAAGCAUUUGAUGAAUAGCCA